UUUUCUUCUGCGGAAGAGCACUGAUAGUUUUUUAAAUCUUCAUUCUCAAUGUAAUUCAUUCAUACAUGAUAACUUUAGAAAAAACGCUUCCAUAUUCACGCACUAGCGUAAGAUCUGAGUUGAUGGAUGUACACCAAGGACAGUCUGAGGAAGUGUUUCCAGUACGCUAGAUCUUUAACUGAAACUCCAGUUAAAAAACGUUAAAGAAUUUUUAAUAAGAUUCAAACUGACUUGAGUAUAAAGAAAGUUUACAACUAAAUAAACAUACAGCUAAAAAGCUUUGCUAUAGAAUACUAAUUAUUAGAUGCCAGUGAAAUGUUUAACAUCAACCUUUUCAAAAUAGGCUUUUAAAAGACAUUCAUAUAUCCUCUGUUAAAAAUUUUUCGGAAGGAAGAACGUUGGAAAAAUUGUGGUUAGUUCCUUGUGCUUUCAACCAGAAAGGUAUUCAUGCUAAAGUAAUGAUGUAAUUUAUGUCUCGAUUUUGUGAUAAAGAGUGAUAUUUGUGGUAGAAUCUUUAGUGAUAUCAAGAACUGUCCUUGAGAUGAUUGGGUAUAUGAUUUGUAUGCUCCUGACACAGUUCAGCACUGGAACUGCAGAGCUGAGGUUAAUUCAAGUAGUAUUUAGAAAAAGCCAAUGGUUUCCGGAAGUCAGUCGUCCGGAUAACCAGUACGGAUUUCUUUGGGAAAACAGAGCAGAAAAAAUUGCACAAACUGGAAUGUUUCAGCAUUAUCGAAUGGGGCAAAGUCUUCGGAAAAGAUACAGCAACUUUCUGAGCUCACAAUCGAAAAAUGGAUUACGGGAAGCCAAGGAAUGCACAUCAUCUUCUGAAUGCUUUCUUAUAGGACUUAAUGAUUUACCGUUUUUUGAUUAUUCGUUCAGCUCAAAUAGGCCAUACGCUGACGAUCAGAUGGAUAUUGUGUGCCCGCAGCUUCUGAUGGAGACAUCAAGAAUGUACGAUUCUGAUGAAGGAUAUAAAAUAAUAAGUGAAAACAAGAGAAUGUACGAAUACUGGUCUGAUAACUCCGGAAUGAAAAUCAGGAAUCCCGCGGAUGCAAUAGCUCUUUUCCAAAGUCUCAGUUUACAAAAAAGUUUAAAUCUGUCCACUCCUACUUGGGCGACUAGUUCUUGGGAUGAUUUAAAGAAGCAGGCAGACAUUCAUUUCUACUGGAUAUCGAAACAGAAAUCCAUGCAGAGGCUAACAGCUGGUCCUCUUCUCGGGCUGAUGAUCAAAAGAAUGCAAGAUCGCAUUAACGGAGAUAGUAGGAAAGUUUACGUAUAUUCAGGGAGAAACAGUAAUAUUGCCGGUCUCUUGAGCAGUUUUGGCACCUACAAAGGAGUGGAACCACCUUUUGGUUCAACAGUUGUUGUGGAACUUCACGAAUACAAUGGUGGCUCUUACGUCCGAGUUCUUUAUUUUUACUCUUCCACACCCAAUCUAGAAACGGAUGAACCAGAAGUGAUAGUUAUCAGGGGAUGUUCCGAAUACUGUCCUUUCGAAAAAUUUCGCAGUCUUACAAAAAGCUUGGUACCUGAAAACUGGGAAGAAGAGUGUGGCUUCUCUUCCGCAAUAACUUUGUGCAACAUGGUUUUCCUGGUCAUCUUAUGCAUCUUAUUGAGUUUCAUAGAAAAUGCCUGACGAUUCUACGAGAAAUUUAUUUGAGAGCUGAAAUUUUCUAUCACUUUCGAUUAAAUGAAUUUCUAAGAAAAUCAAGUUUUCAAGUUCAAAAUAACCUAAUAAAAUGCUUUUAUGUUACUUCUACGAAAAAUUUUAUCUAAAUCGAUCGUUACAUUAAGACUGUAUGAAAUCUUAGAUUUAGUUAUUCUUUCAGUUUUCAAAGUAUUUAGAAAAUAAUCGCCUGGGCACGGUUACAGCCGAAAGCAUUGGGGCAAAAACAUUGCAGACGGAAACGUCG